AUGCAUCUCAUAAUUUAUCAAACGUUAGGCGAGGAAAUAGGCGAAAAGUCGGUCGUAGCCGUACUGACCCGCGACCGCACCGGCAGAAUGAAGAAUAUUACCAAAAGAUCGUUCGGUAAACACGGAAAGGCAUUUGAGGGCGACCCGGAUCGGGACACGUGUCUAUACAGUCAAAACACGGGUCGAUACAAACCAUUGGCCGAGUUUACAGUGUAUUUGAAGCGCAAGUACUCACAUAUUUCCUACUUCGAGGUGUCGGUGCAAACGCAACAGGCAGUCAAUACCGCAGAUAUCGUGACAGACACUGUGCUCAACCCCGUGCGCGCCUGUACCCCAUCGGUGGUGGAGCCGGCAGUGGCGCCGGCAUUUCGGUUGCGAUUGAAGUUUGUGUGCGAUUUUGUCUCCUAUACCGAUGAAGAGACCUUUUGGUCGUACUAUGAAAAGGAUGUCAACCAAAACAUUACACUUAAGUUUAACACCACAUCAUUGUCUAUAUGUGAAAUCCGUUUGUUUUACCGCAAGUACCUCCAGCCCCAUCAGUGCGGGUCAGUCGACAUCCCACUCCACUCCACCAUUGAGUUCGUACAGUACGGCAGCAAAUACGGCCAAAUGCCGUACUAUAGGUACGGGUGCGACAAACACUUCAAACUACAGGGCAGUGAGGAAGUCCGGUGCGGUGUCAGCAACAAUUGGUUAGACCCGUUCCCAUCAUGCGUGCCGACAGUCCAGUGUCCCAUACCUACAGAGACGUACGUUCAGGAUUUGGUUACAGUAGUCACUAAUUUCGAGGGUUUACUCACGUAUAACAUUACGGGCGCCGAGAGGGCUGUUGCCAUACCCGGCUCUGUAGCCAUAUAUACUUGCGAUACAUUAAAUCAGACACAAGUGAUGAUCGGGGAUUCAGCCCCGGGAGGACAGCACAGACUGCGGGAUGCCAUCGAUGCCGAUGUUCGCAAAGCCAGUGCCAUCGCGAUGGCGGUCGCCCGACCUCAGGUCCCGGUACCCGAACGCCACGCGCAUGACCUACACAUGCGAAUCGUCCUUUCACUCGAUGUACACCCAGACAAAGCCCAGGGUCUGCGUCAACCGGCACUGGAAUGGGACAGCCGGUCGAUGUGGUCGUUUUUCAGUUUUACUAAUAAGUUAGUUAUGUUAAUCACAUUUAUAGAGAUAGCAUACGGCGGGGCACUGACUCUGAUAGGCAUUACGGCCACCGAUUUCAAUACGGGUGAACUCAUACACGAGUGGUUUAGACCGGAACCUAACGCCACAAACCAGACGGAGCUGGAGUAUUACUAUCAGUCGGCAUACGGGGGUUGGGGUCAAAACCAGUGCAUCCAAUUCAAUGUGAGUCGACAACACAAGUGGCGGCUUCGGCUCAACGACACCCAACCCAUCACGUCGUUCUACCUGUCCGUCAAACCGGGCGGUAUGUACGGCGGUUACGUCAACUGGGGAACGGCCGAACAGAAUGCGACCGCCCGGCGCCCUAUUAUGGCCAAAGUGGGCGCCACCUUUUGCAAGGCCACCGGUAUAUUCGACUAUAGGAAGCGCUCGACACACGUCCAGUUCCAGUGCAAUAGGGACCCCACUAGUGCUGAUUAUUCGGAUUACGCUACCGGUGCCAAUGAAAUCGUGCUAUACGUGAACCCCACGACAAUGGACCCCGGGUUCGACCCCCAGAAUAUCAGCUUCUGUUCGUUGAAUAUAUUUCACUCGUCCGAGUUGUGCGGACUACCGGAGCGGCCGCUCAAUAGUAUUGUCGAAGUGGUCAACCAAAUAGCCAUUUAUUCCUGUGAGGACGGGUAUGAACUGAUUGGUCCCAAACGGGUGGCGUGUCUGGGGAACGGGCAGUGGGCGCGCGAGUUCCCGGUGUGUCGACUCAAACGUCAAUACUGUCCACAAGUGACCGAUAAGUCGGGCAUAUUUUCGAAGUACCAAAACAUGGCACCGGACGGCUCCAUAGUAUUGGGUACUAUAGUAACUUCCCGGUGCGCCACCACAUUAUAUGGUAUUACAGGGCGACCAUUGCUGGUGGCGUCGAGGACCAGGAUAUGCCAGACCGAUGGCAAAUGGAGUGGUAGCCAACCCUUCUGUAUUGAUUCAGACAAAUAUCAGCCCAAAAGCUCCGGCAAUACGUACGGCAUGUCUUCCAAGGCGUUGAUAAUUAUCAUUACAGUUGCAAUCACUUCGGUGGUGGUAUUCCUCAUUAUAGCACUGGUGGUUCUGUGCCAUGUAUCCCAACAGUGCUACCAGUGCUUCGUAUACUGUAAGGACAGUAUGUUUAAUAGAAAUAAAACAACGGGCGCCGAUGGUAAUGGCAUAGUUAGACCAGAAUCUCAGGUCGAUAUCAAUGAGAUUAACGCAACGCUGGCACAGUUGGCUAGCUUUAAGCCACAUCCCAGGGAACACCUGUCCACUGAUACUACACAAUGCGAUCACCACUCACAUGAACACAAUCACCAGGCUCAUAGCCUACUGAGCGCGUGGGACCACGCCUACCAUGACUACCAUCACCACCAUCCCAUCGACCCGCCCAACUGCGGCCAAGUAUGUCCCCGAUCGGUGUCCAAAUAUGGGCUGUUCGAAGUGGGACAGGUGUACACCGUCGACGUGGACGGCCAGACCCUCAUCAACGUGAAAGAGGGCCAAACGGUGUCCCUGAAGGCUAAAGCGGACGUCCAGGUGCUGGGGCCGUGCGAGUUCUCGUUGAAACUGCGCGACACCGAAGUGUCGGGCGUACCCAACCCGCAGGAGUUGUCCGGCGAACUGGACGCCAGCCCUGCCCUCAAGUUCGGCGCACACGACGGCAAGGUAUUAGGUGUCUGUGCGGCCCCCCAGGAGGCCGUCUGGACUCUGAACGUCAAGAAAUCGGUGUUGUCUGCGAUGCAAGUGACGACCAAAGACUUGACUCAAACGCAGACCAUCGAAGAGGUGGACUUCUCCGGCCACUGCACCACAACAUACCGGCCCACGUCCGACACCACUGACCCCAAGAACGUGGUCCUCGAGAAGACCAAAAACCUAAACAAAUGCCACUUAAGACGAAAGAACAUCUCGGGCUUCAACUCGAAAUCGCUGACCCUAUUGACGGAGUUCCUGCGCGAAAACCUACCGAUCCUUAAGUCGAGCCAACGGUGCACUCAGGAGAUCAAAGCGGGCCAUCUAUUCAGCGUCAGCUGUAUUGAGGAGCAGAGGCUGUCCUUCCAGGACGACUCGCUCGUCAGGUCGACCCUUAACCUCAAGUUCGUGGGUAAGGCUCCGGCCAAAGCGGCGGUCACUCUGCCGGCUACCGUACCCCUCGUGGCUCAGAGUCUGCUUAUAUCGCGCGACAACGAGGACCAGAAAAACGCUACCGAAGCCGAAGUGUUGGCCCUUUUGAAGGACAUGUGCACUGAGGUGACCGGCGAUAAGCUGUCCGCCAAAGUCGCCGAAUCGUUUCACUCGUUGGUGUGGGCGCUGCGAACCCUCCCGGAGUCGGGCACCCGUACCCUAGACAAGGCCGUCAAGACCGGCGAGUUGUGUUCGUCGCCCAAACUGAGGCACCUAUUCAUCGGCGCCUCCGCUUUCGCCGCCACCGACCCCUCUCUUCAGACCCUAAUCAACGCCUACAAGUCGGACGAGUUAUCCGAAGCGCAGAUAACGCUACUCCUGUCGCUGGUGGCUCUCAGAUCCCGGCCCUCCGAGCGCACUAUCGACCAGUUCUCCGGCCUCAUCGAGAAGUCCCACUCUCCCCGUCCACUUGUGUUAGGCGUUUCCCUUAUGGUGAGGAACUACUGCAAGAAGUCGGACAGCUGUGAGACGGCGCCGGCCGUCAAGAAGAUCAUCGACACGUUGGUGAAGAAGCUCCGGGAGUCGGACUGCGAGAUCGAGAGGACCACAAUCGUCAAGGCGUUGGACAACAUCCGGUCGGCGGGUCAGCCCGCGAAGGAGGCGCUGUUGGAGAGGGCGACCAAAUCGGACGAAGACUCCGGCGUACGGGUGGCCGCCAUCCAAGCCCUGCAACGCACCGGCGACGACACCGUACGACAGAAACUCGUGGAACUGGUGCUGAAGGACUCGGAGCCCAACGAAGUGCGUACCACAGCCUUCCGGGCGGUGGUGCUGUCGGGUGCGGCCACUCAGGACCAGUGGGACGCCAUCAACACGGUGUCCGACCCACUCAUUCAGAACUACGUGCGCACUCACGUCAAGGCCUUAAGACAGUCCACUAAUGCUAACCGUAAGAAACUGGCGGAGAAGGCGACGAACAUCCCGGAGCCCAAGAGCUCGGGUUUCGGUGUCUCGCGUAAUGUGGAGUGGAGUUAUAGGGGGCUCACCAUCGAGACCGAUGUGGUCCACCCCAAGGGUUCGCUCGUUCCCAGUCUAUACACGUUUGGUGUCAUAUACCCCAUGGGAGAUAAGGACUGGCAGCUGCUGGAGGUACAGGUGCGCCAGAAAGGACUCGACAAACACAUCCAGAGGCUGUUCUCGAAGGGCGUGGGCGGACCCGAGGUGUUGACCCAAUUGACGGAACAGUUGAUGGAGUUGUUGGCGAAACUGAAGGACCCGAAGCACACGCAUGAGACACGGCUGCAGCUGUCGGUGCGAUUGGGCGGCAAAAACGUCCUCUUCGUCGACACCUUCGAGGACAUCCACAACGCCAUCGCAUACCUGCGCGACAAACUCCAGGCGCGCUACGAGACCGACAACAUAGAUCUGGCCCGGGGGCUGGUCGGACUCGACAGCCAGGUGGAGGUGCCCACCAUCAACGGCUUCCCCCUACUGGUGCACCUGAACCAGACAGUCGUGGCGGGGCUGAAGGGCGAGAACAACGUGCAGGAGAGCGCCGGCACUAAGACCCGCAAAGUGCGGUCGGCCCGCAAUCUGGUCGAAGAGUUGGCCGCCGGUGUGAGGCUGAAGGUGCGUAACUACCGGCCCGGUAUGGAGUGGUCGCUCAGAGUCGAGAUCAACACCCAGACGGACGUGCAGUACGAGCGCAUCGACGGCAGGAUUUUGAAGUUGAAGUUCAAUCUGCCGGCCGAUAAGCGCACCUUGUACAAAAUGGCCCAAAACACCAGGCUCAUCGACGGCUAUGGUCAACCGCGAGUGAGCAAUGAGGUCCAGACGGGCGAUGACGAGACAAUCAAAUGCCGACAACUAUUCGGCCUGGACAUAUGUCUGAAGCGUGUUUGGCUGGACAACUCGCCCAUACCAUACCCACAAUACGCGGAGUACUACUACACCAAAGCCGACCCCUCGCUCGAGUCCAUUGAGUUGGUCCUCGAGAGGCCGGCCGCCGACGCCAAGGACCUCAAGACAUGGACGGCGCGCGUGAACGCCGGUCAGCGCCAAUACUUGGCCCAAAUAGAACUCCAGAACCCCGAGGGCUACCCCAAGAAGGUGAGCGCCAAACUCCAGUCCCCCAAACGCACGUCAACGGCAGUCGUGUCGCUCGAUCGGCAACAAAACGGCGACAAAUCCAACCUCGAGAUCGACCUCAAAGUGCCCGAAAAGAUCGAUAUAAACACCAAAUACAACAUCGAUAAGACGGGACCCGAGAGCUCCGUGGAGGUGGUGGUCGAGUACCAAUUGGCUCGACCCGGAGCCAAGAAGGAGACCCUGAAGUGGACGCGUAAGGCGUCGCUCGACUACAAGAAGGAGAAGAAGUCGAAACAGAUAAACGUGUCGUUCCUCGGGGAACUCCAGUCCACGCAAUUCCCGCAAUACAACUCCAAAGUCACGUACUAUACCCAACUCAGACCCUACCAGAACUCCAAGACCGACGCCAGUGUCGAGUGGGGACCGGAGCUGAAGGACAGGGUCCGCGUCAGCCACACGUCCAAAAUGGAUGUCAUCGAACUCAGACCCUUUCAGAUGAUCAGUGAGAAUCAGUUCGUGGUUGAGGUGACACCACUGGACAUCAACUACGACUUCAAAGUCAAUUCCGAUAUCUCGAUGAUUAAGUCGAAGCCGAAGCUACUGUCCGUCAAACUGGUCGGUAAGGACGUGAACGGACGGCCCGAUCGCGAGAUUAAGGGUGAGUUCAAGUACGAGAGUCUCGAGGCACCGGUACAGCAGAUCAUGAACGCCUCGCUCGCAUACCCGGGCAAUGAAGUGAGCUAUUACUCCGAGAUUAAGCAGAUUAAGGACUUGACGUACUCUGGGAAAGUCAUCUAUUCGCCAUCCAAGGGACGGGUAGUCACCAUUGAGCACAAGGAAAGUAUUACGAAUCCGACCCAAAAAAUAUACGUGAAAUCCGAGGCCAAGACCUCCUACUCGUGGAAACCAGACACCAGUGCCAUCACACUGGAGGCCGGUUGGCAGGAACCGGAGAUUUUCCGAUACAAACGGGUGCUGCUGGUCAACGACAAAAAGAUGAACCACAUAGACGUCACCUAUGAGAAGACUACCGGCGCUCUCACCGCUAACUCUGCCUGCGAGUUCCACGACAGAGCCCUGGACAUCAAGGUGGACAACAUCUACCAGCCCAAGUCCGCUCAGUUGGGUGUCCGCGUGGGCCAGAAGUCCUACAAAUUCAGUGCCACUCGAGUGCCCAAAGAGUCGAUUUCCGUGAAGUUGGACUCAUCGGAGAACUCACGGCUUAAAGAGUUCAAAGCGAAAGUGUCGCGCAAAGAGAAGUCAACCCUUUCGGUGGUCACGUCUGACAACUCGGAGGUGAACGCCUACAUCGACCCGUUCGGUGCCAAAGAG